AUGAACUGUGCUGAUAAUCCUGGAGCCAAAAAUUUAUACGUUAUCUCAGUUAAAGGUAUUCAUGCUAGUUUGAAUAGAUUACUUGCAGCUGGAGUUGGUGAUAUGGUUAUUGGUUCAGCUAUUACAGGUUCAGUGAAGGAAUGUGCAGAUCUUUGGCCACGUAUAGCUUCUUCAUCUGGAACUGUGGUACGUUUUUAA